AGUAUAUCCAUAGUCUUUGGUCAAACACAGAAACCGAGAAACCGGUUCCUCUCUCCUUCUGAAGCAAGGACAUCUGUCCUUGAGGUGGAUAGAUAAAAGUAUCGGGUGACAUUAGUAGCAUAUUCAGGAUUGGAUGCUGUCAUUGGUGGUUAAAACUUAUCUCAUCAGACAGUGUCUGUUCACUGCAGAGAGAGAGAGAGAGAGAGAGAGAGAUGUGGUAUGUGUGUCAUCUCAUGAGAUAGAUCCUCCCACCGGCGACAGCAUAUUUAUACAGUGAGAGCGGCGGCUGUCGGCCGUACAGAGGAGCGAUUGGGAGAUAUAGAGAUACAUCGUACCGAGUGUGCCGGCUCUGGCCCUGGCUACAGCCAUGCCUCUUCUGGAAGAGUCCACUGUGCCCCGAGAGCAUCCCCCCACACUGCCUGUGGUCAUCAUAGGUAACGGGCCAUCAGGUAUCUGCCUGUCCUACCUGCUGAGUGGCUACAAGCCCUACCUGGACCCUUCAGCUGUUCACCCAAACCCUGUUCUGUACAGGAAGCUACAGGAGACCAGACACCUGCCCAUCACCGAACAGGAUCUGGAGUAUCUGAGUGAGGGUCUGGAGGGGCGGUCAGGAAACCCUGUAGCGGUGCUGUUUGACACCCUGCUGCACCCCAAUGCUGACUUUGGCUACGAGUUUCCCCCUGUGCUACAGUGGAGACAAGACAAGCAGCAGCACGUCCCUCACCUGGUGCUGGGCAGGGCUAUGCCUGGAGGAGCCUGGCAUGUGAUGGAGGGCUCCAUGCUGACCAUCAGCCUGGGCAUCUGGAUGGAACUGCCAGGGAUCAACUACCGAGACCUGACUAACAAUGGGAAACGCAGGGGAGUGACCAACGACCGAGCCACUCCAGAGGAGAUCUCGUCUUACUACCGUAACUACGUCAAGCUGAUGGGCCUGAAGAAGAACUUUGUUGACAACACCUACGUGACCUCUGUGCAGAAACUUUUCCGUGGUCACGAGGGGGAGGGUCUAGAGAAUGGUCAUGGAGGGGAAGGGGGAUUGGGGGAGGGGGGAAAGGGGGUGUACAAGGGGAGGGAGGGUGAGGGUGUAGACGAAGGGGGAGGUGGAGGCCUGUGGGAGGUGAGGGGGUACCAGCAGGUGCAGGGCGACACCCAUGUUCCUUUCUGCCUGUUUUCUGAGAAUGUAGUUCUGGCCACGGGUGCGUCUGAUUCGCCAGCUCGGCUGGGUGUGGAGGGGGAGGAGCUUCCCUUCGUGUUCCACAGCAUCUCUGCCCUGGGAUUGGCUGUGAGCCGGAAGAAGCUUGGGCUGAACUCUGACCCGGUGCUGAUCGUGGGGGCGGGGUUAAGCGCGGCGGAUGCGGUUUUGUGCGCUUGUAACAACAACAUUUCUGUGCUGCAUGCCUUCCGCAAACACGUAGACGACCCAGGCCUCAUCUUUAAACAGCUACCCAAGACUCUCUACCCGGAAUACCACAAGGUCUACCACAUGAUGCACUCCCAGACCCACGCAACACCAAACAUGGCUGCCACCUCCACCAACAAUGGCCUUCCCAGCAUGGCCGCCUCAGUCUGCUCCAAGAUGUGCUCCAAUCCCCAACCCCCCACAAGUAACAUGACUGCCGGUGGUGGUCCUGUUCUGUUCCCUGACUACACCAGCUUCCCAGAGCACUGCGUGGUGUCCUUCCAGCCAGACAUGAAGUGUGUCCUGCAGGGGAGCAACUCCCUCAAGGCCUUUAAGAUCUCCAUGGCCCUGGUGCUGAUCGGCACCCACCCCAACCUGUUCUUCCUCAAGGGCCAGGGCCAGUACCUGGGACUGGACCCCACCAAGCCCAUCUCCUGCAAGCAGAACCCCAUGGACGUGCACCCCUACACCUUCGAGUGCACCAAGGACCCAGGACUGUUCGCCAUGGGCCCGCUGGUUGGAGACAACUUUGUUCGCUUCCUAAAGGGCGGUGCUCUAGGCAUUGCCUCCUGCCUGCUCAAGAGACUGAAGAAGAAAGGCAAGCUGAUCGCAGACAGGGGAGGAGGAGGAGAGUUUAUCUAGGUGAAGUGUGGAUGGAGAGGAAGGAAGGAGGGGGUGAAGGAGUUGGAAGGGAAAGGGGGGAGUGGAGGAAUGAGGAGGAGAGAGGAAUUAAGAAGGAAGAGGAGAGGAAGGAGGAGUGACAUGACAUGGUACAGUGCUUAUGGCAGG